AUGAGAAAACAGUAUAGUAAAACAAAAUUUAACAAAAAAGAAUUUAUAGUGUUUUGUUCUGAAAAAAUUUCAGUAAAAAAAAUACUAGGGUAUUUUCAAAGACAAUAGCUGUGAACCAUCGUCAAGAAACUUGACAAGUUUUACUACAUUUAGUGAAAUUUAUUUUCAAAAUGGCAGCUACGAGAAGAUUGCAAAAGGAACUUGGUGAUUUAAGAGCUUCAGCAAUGAAAAAUUUUACAAAUAUUCAAGUUGAUGAAUCGAAUAUUCUUACUUGGCAAGGUCUUAUAUUGCCGGAUAAUCCUCCAUAUAAUAAAGGAGCAUUUCGUAUUGAAAUAAACUUUCCUGCAGAAUAUCCUUUUAAACCUCCAAAAAUAAACUUUAAAACAAAAAUAUAUCAUCCAAAUGUGGAUGAAAAGGGCCAAGUGUGUUUACCAAUUAUAAGUGCAGAAAACUGGAAACCAGCUACAAAAACAGAUCAAGUUGUGCAAGCUUUGAUAGCAUUAGUGAAUGAUCCUGAACCAGAACAUCCAUUAAGAGCAGAUCUUGCAGAAGAAUUUUUAAAAGAUAGAAAAAAGUUUUUAAAAAAUGCAGAGGAAUUCACAAAAAAACAUGCAGAAAAAAGGCGGGAAUCAUCUUCUAAUGAAUAACCACGAGUGAUCAAUUUUACUCACCAUGAUGCCUGCCACCUGUCACCUAAUUUAAUUCAAACAAAUAUAGACUUCUCUGUUACAUGAAAAACAAGUUGAUUGAGAUACAUGUGUACAGUAUUGGUUAACUAUCGACAAUGAUAUUAUGUGCAAAUUGUAAUGUUUAUAAAGUGAAUUAACAAAUUUUUCAGAGUAAAGUAAAAGUAUAAUAAACUGUAUGAUAUUGUAUA